UCGCGCCCCGGCGCGUGACCGUGACCUAGGGCGACCGGGAGGCGGUGACCAGCCCGACUGGCUGGCGGCGCGGCGGGAGUACCCAGGGCGGCGCGAUGGGUGCCGAGACCUCCGGGAGAGAGCCGGCGCUGCGGGAGCUCGUGCGCGAGGCCGAGACCAGCUUGCUGGAGUGCAAGGUGUGCUUUGAGAGGUUCGGUCACCGCCAGCAGCGGCGCCCACGCAACCUGCCCUGCGGCCACGUGGUCUGCCUGGCCUGCGUGGCCGCCUUGGCGCACCCGCGGACGCUGGCCCUCGAGUGCCCAUUCUGCCGGAGGGCCUGCCGCGGCUGCGACACCAGCGACUGCCUGCCAGUGCUGCACCUCCUGGAGCUCCUGGGCUCCGCGCUUCGCCCAGCCCCGGCUGCCCACCGCUCUGCCCCCUGCGGCCCCGGGACCCUCAUCUGCCACCACGCCUUCGGCGGCUGGGGAACCCUGGUCAACCCCACUGGUCUGGCGCUGUGUCCCAAGACGGGACGGGUAGUGGUGGUGCACGACGGCGAGAGGCGGGUCAAGAUCUUUGAUUCUGGGGGAGGAUGUGCUCAUCAGUUUGGAGAGAAGGGGGACGCUGCCCAGGACAUUAAGUACCCACUUGAUGUCACCGUCACCAACGACUGCCAUGUGGUUGUCACCGACGCUGGCGACCGCUCCAUCAAAGUGUUUGAUUUUUUUGGCCAGAUCAAGCUUAUCAUUGGAGGCCAGUUCUCCUUGCCUUGGGGUGUGGAGAUCACCCCUCAGAAUGGGGUCGUAGUGACUGAUGCGGAGGCAGGGUCCUUGCACCUUCUAGAAGUGGACUUUCUGGAAGGGGUCCUCCGGAGAACAGAAAGGUUGCAAGCCCAUCUGUGCAGUCCGCGAGGUGUAGCGGUGUCUUGGCUCACCGGGGCCAUUGCGGUCCUAGAGCGCCCCCUGGCGCUGGGGACUGGGGUCUGCAGCACCACGGUGAAGGUGUUCAGCGCAAGUAUGCAGCUCAUCGGCCAGGUGGAUACCUUUGGGCUGAGCCUCUUCUUCCCCUCCAAAAUCACUGCUUCCGCUGUGACCUUCGAUUACCAGGGGAAUGUGAUUGUCGCCGAUACUUCCAGUCAGGCUGUCCUAUGCUUAGGGAAACCUGAGGAGUUUCCAGUAUUGAAACCCAUUAUCACCCAUGGGCUUUCCCAUCCUGUGGCACUGACCUUCACCAAGGAGAAUUCUCUUCUUGUGCUGGAUAGUGCAGCCCAUUCUGUAAAAGUCUACAAGGUUGACUGGGGGUGAUGGGAGUGGUGUGGGUACUGGAACUUGGAAUCAGAAGCCCUGGAGCUGCCACUAAUGAAUUGUAUAAGUGGAUAAAUUAAUCUCAUCUACCCAAUAGGGAUCAUUAUAAGUGGCUAGCAGACUUUCAAAGAUUGGCAAUUAUUAAAUAAUAAUGAAAUUAACAUUUAUUGAGUAUGUACUCCCUUUGCUAAUAAAUUUGAAAAUAUUA